UAUCCAAAAUGAAAACAAUAUUUUAAUUCUCUUAAAUAUUAAAAAAGAAAAAAACCAUGGAAUAAGUCCAUAACAUGUCUUUAUUCACUCAACAUCAAACACGAAGAUCCACGUGUUAUAAAGUUACCAUGCUAAGUCACCAAACUUCAACCACUUGACACACCACCACCCCCCCUUUUCCUUUCCUUGAACCAACCGCCACUCUCUUCUGGCGGAGACUUCCACAACCACCUUCAAUUCAUCUCCUCCGGCCAUAUUCACAUUUCUUUUCUACUUCCCUUAUAUUUAUACAAAAAUAUAUAUAUAUACACACAAGUGACACAACUAAGUAUGUCUAGUAGUGAUACAGAUGGCGAUAUAGAUACAGAUUCAUAUAUCUAUCUACACGGUGACUUAGAUCUAACUAUAAUAGAAGCUCGAUGUUUACCCAACAUGGACUUACUCUCCGACCACAUGCACCGUUGUUUAACAUUCUGUGAUUCCUUAAAAUCAUCUAAACGACGUAAUCGUCGACGUCGUCGUAAGAUCAUCACAAGUGAUCCUUACGUCACCUUAAGUAUAGGUAACGCGACUAUAGCGCGUACGCGCGUGAUUUCCAACUCUCAAAACCCGGUAUGGAACGAACAUUUUGUGCUUCAGUUAGCCCACCCUGUUUCUAAGUUAGAAUUUCAGGUUAAGGAUAACGAUGUUUUCGGUGCCGAUUUAAUCGGAAAUGUUUGUAUCCCUGCUGAAAGAGUUAUGUCAGGUGACGUCAUUGAUGAUUGGUUUUCGAUUACUGGAAGUAAUGGUAAACCGCCUAAAACGGAUUGUGCAAUUCGGUUACGAAUCAGCUUUGUAUCAUGUGAUGAUGAUGAUGAUGAUGAUAAAUUCAUUAAUAGUAAUAGUAAUAAUAAUAAUUUUGAAAGUGUGCAUGGAUUAAAAGAUAGUUAUUUUCCUGUAAGGCAUGGGGGGAAUGUGACAUUGUAUCAAGACGCACACGUGCGUAAAGGCGAAUUGUGUAAAAUUGAAUUGGAGGGUGGUAAAGGGGAAUUUGAACAAAGAGGGUGUUGGGAGGAUAUAUGUUAUGCUAUUUUAGAAGCUCAUCAUUUGGUUUAUCUGGUUGGAUGGUCGAUUUUCGAUAAGGUGAAGUUAGUUAGAGAGCCUAGUAAACCGUUACCUCGUGGUUGGGAUUUGAGUCUCGGGGAAUUGUUGAAGUAUAAGUCACAAGAAGGGGUUAGAGUUUUGUUGCUUGUUUGGGAUGAUAAGACUUCACAUAAUAAGUUUUUCUUGAAGACGGAAGGAGUGAUGCAAACUCAUGAUGAAAUGACUCGGAAGUUUUUCAAACACUCCUCCGUUCAGUGUGUGCUGUCACCGCGAUAUGCAAGCAAUAAGCUUAGUAUCUUCAAGCAACAGGUUGUUGGGACCCUUUACACUCAUCAUCAGAAAUGUGUUAUGGUGGAUACACAAGCCCCUGGAAAUAACAGAAAAAUAUCUGCUUUUAUUGGUGGCUUGGACCUUUGUGAUGGACGCUAUGACACGCCAGAGCAUCGCUUAUUUCGUGAUCUCGACACCGUGUUUGAGAACGAUUACCAUAAUCCGACUUUUAGUGCAGGUACAAAAGGUCCAAGACAACCAUGGCAUGACUUACAUUGCAAAAUUGAUGGUCCUGCUGCAUAUGACGUGCUAAAAAACUUCGAGCAAAGGUGGAAAAAAGCCUCAAAGUGGUCUGAAUUCGGACGGCGCUUCAAAAAAAUAUCUCAUUGGCAUGACGAUUCAUUAAUUAAGAUAGAGCGUAUUUCUUGGAUACUCAGUCCUAGUCCAACUCUUCCAAAUGAUGAUCCAGCAUUGUGGGUUCGUAAAGAAGAGGAUCCUGAAAACUGGCAUGUUCAGGUUUUCCGCUCAAUUGAUUCUGGUUCUUUAAAAGGAUUUCCAAAAGAUGUUCGAUUAGCUGACUCUCAGAAUCUUGUAUGUGCAAAAAAUCUGGUUAUCGAUAAGAGCAUUCAAAAAGCAUAUAUCCAAGCUAUAAGAUCUGCCAAGAACUUUAUCUAUAUUGAAAACCAGUAUUUUAUCGGGUCAUCGUAUGCAUGGCCUUCUUAUAAAGAUGCAGGGGCAGAUCAUUUAAUACCCAUGGAACUAGCAUUGAAGAUUGCUAGUAAGAUAAGAGCAAAUGAGAGGUUUUCAGUUUAUAUUGUCAUUCCAAUGUGGCCUGAGGGUGUUCCUACUUCUGCAUCUGUUCAAGAAAUUCUAUUUUGGCAGGCACAAACUAUGCGAACGAUGUAUGAAGUUAUUGCUCGAGAGCUACAGAACUCAAACCUUGAGAAUGCACAUCCACAAGACUACUUAAAUUUCUACUGCCUUGGUAACCGUGAACAAUGUGAUGAGCAUGUUUCAAAUUCUGGCAACCAGACCUCUUCUAAUGGUGGUUCGGUUUCAGCUUCUCAAAAGCAUGGAAGAUUCAUGAUUUAUGUACACGCUAAAGGGAUGAUAGUAGAUGAUGAGUAUGUCAUAUUGGGGUCUGCCAAUAUUAAUCAACGAUCAAUGGCUGGUUCAAGAGAUACCGAGAUAGCUAUGGGUGCUUAUCAGCCCCAUCACACAUGGGCUCAGAAGAAGAAGCACCCUCGUGGUCAAAUAUACGGAUACAGAAUGUCACUAUGGUCAGAACAUACGGGAACACUCGAAGAUUACUUCAAAGAGCCAGAAAGUUUGGCCUGUGUGCAAAACAUAAACAAACUUGCAGAAGAUAACUGGGAGAAAUUUACAAGUGACGACUUUACUCCCUUGCAAGGCCAUCUUCUCAAAUACCCCAUCAAAGUUGAUACUGAUGGAAAGGUAAGCCCUUUACCCGAACACGAACAAUUCCCUGAUGUUGGUGGGAAGGUUCUUGGUAAUCCUGCCACCCUUCCUAGUGCUUUAACCACAUAAUUUCUGAUUACAUCCAUAUUUUUUGAAUAUACUAUACGUACAUAUGUACCUUAAAAGUCUGAGACUCUGAGGAGUAUACAUGGUUGGAUGAGCUUGUGUUUGCAAGGCGGUUUUGUUUACCAAAUUCUAUAGGAGUUGAGGUAGAUAUACACAUGGGUUAGGGAUGUAUUUUUCAUGUUUGUGAACUUGUACAUCAAGGGUUGUACCCUGUUUUAAGAACAAAUUAAUUAUUUCAUUAUAUAUAAACACUUAAACAUAUGGAAAUAAAAUGCAUGUAAUUUUGUGA